AUGGAACAAAGAAGAGAGGAGACUGGGAGGACGAGAGGAUAUUUGGUCGGCUGCUUGGUUGCUGUGCUUUUGUGGAGCGUGGCGUCAGCGCAAAUACGAUAUUCAGUCUCCGAGGAAGUUGACGAAGGAACUGUGGUCGGAAAUAUAGCAAAAGAUCUGGGAUUAGAUAAAAGCACAUUGGUAGAAAGGAAGUAUCGGAUUGUUUCGAGUAAUACAGAUCAUCUUUUCCAUGUAAAUCAAAACGAUGGCAUCCUGUAUGUGAGCCGGAAAAUUGACAGAGAAGAGGUGUGUGCGCAAAGCAGUACGUGUUUAAUAAAUCUAAAAACCGUGCUAGAAAACCCACUAGAGGUGCACUAUAUAGGAGUGGAAGUGUUGGAUAUAAAUGAUCAUUCUCCCAGUUUUCCAGAGGAAGAGAAACGGUUGGAGAUUUCAGAGUCUGUUUUGCCCGGAGCACGAUUUCAGCUAAAACCUUCACGGGAUGGAGACAGUGGCCAUUACUCCGUGCAGCAGUAUAAACUCAGCCACAACGAUCACUUCCGUUUGGAAGUUAGGGAUAAAGGUGAAGAUGGUAAAAUUCCAAUAUUGGUUUUGCAAAAAUCUUUGGAUAGAGAAGCAGAGAGACGUCACGCCUUAGUGCUGACAGCGCUGGAUGGAGGGAAACCACCGAAAUCUGGUGAAAUGAAUAUUAUAGUAGAAGUUUUGGAUGUAAAUGAUAACACGCCUGUUUUCACUAAAGAUGUUUAUUCUGUUGCGCUCUUCGAAAAUUCUCCAGUAGGCACCACCGUAGUGCAAGUGAAUGCAAGUGAUUUGGAUGAAGGUCAGAAUGGGGAGGUAUAUUACUCUUUUGGAAACAGUGUGAGUAAUAAGUUAUUCGAGCUUUUUGAAAUUAAUCCAUUGACAGGCGAGAUACUUGUCAAAGGUCUGAUAGACUAUGAGCAAAAGGAUAAGUAUGAAAUUGAAAUUGAAGCAUCAGAUAAAGGUAUCGCUCCUCUAACUACAGAGAAAAGCGUCAUUAUCCAGAUAGUGGAUGCAAAUGAUAAUGCACCUGAGAUUGAAGUUACCUCAUUUUCGAGCUCGAUCCCUGAAGACUCCAGACCUGGAACUACAGUUGCUCUUAUCAGUAUAAAUGACUUAGACUCUGGUCUCAAUGGAAAAGUUAUUUGCUCAAUGAGUGAGGAUGUUCCCUUUGAAUUAUCACCAUCUUUACAAGAAAACAUGUAUUCAUUAGUGACUAAAUCGCCUCUUGACAGAGAGAAACAGUCCCAAUACGAACUAACAAUAACUGCAAAGGACGAAGGUCAGCCUCCACUAUCCUCUGAGAAGACAAUAAGUGUUGUGGUGUCUGAUGUGAAUGACAACAGCCCAGAGUUUUCACUGAGUCCCUAUACAGUCUAUGUUACUGAAGCUAAUGAGCCAGGAGUCUCUGUGUUUUCCGUUAAAGCUUUUGAUCCCGAUGAGAACGACAAUGCACUUAUUUCCUAUCAUAUAUUCAGAAAUGGAAACACUGCCAAUGAGCUAACUUCAUUUCUCAACAUAAACUCUGAAACCGGAGAUAUUUUGGCGCUAAAAAGUUUCGACUUUGAAACUCUGAAAACUUUCCAGUUCCAAGUUGUAGCCACAGAUUCUGGAACUCCGUCACUAAGCAACAACGUCACGGUGAACGUGUUCAUUCUGGAUCAGAACGACAACGCUCCA